AUGGCUUCGCCCUCAGCCACAGACUCUCCAGAAGAGGAGAGCACCGACGUCCCCGAGGUGACGCAAACAGAGACGAGAGCGGCCGUGUCGCGACUCCGGGCUAAGAACACAGCGCCCGGACCCGACGGAGUUCCUGGUCGAGCUCUCGUCCUGGCUCUGAAAGAGCUAGAGCCCCAGCUGAGAGGGCUCUUCACGGCAUGUCUCGAGCAGGGUCAGUUUCCCAGUGUGUGGAAGGAGGGGAGGCUGGUCCUGCUCAGGAAGGAGGGGCGCCCCGCGGACUCACCGUCCGCGUACCGGCCCAUAGUGCUGCUCGACGAGGCGGGCAAACUUCUUGAGCGCAUCGUCGCAGAUCGCCUCGUCAGCCACUUGUGCAGAGAGGGGCCGGACCUGGACGAGAACCAGUUUGGUUUUCGUCGCGGGCGCUCCACCAUAGACGCUAUUACGCGCGUGAGGGCCCUGGCGGAGGAGACAGUAUCCCGGGGUGGGGUGGUGCUGGCGGUGUCCUUAGACAUCUCCAACGCCUUCAACACCCUACCCUGGAGUUGUAUUCGGGAGGCGCUGAAUUACCAUCGCGUGCCUCCCUACCUCCGCCGCACAAUAGGGACUUACCUUGAGGAGAGAUGCGUUACCUAUUGGGGACGUGACGGCGCUGGUCGGCGCGUCAUGUCGUGCGGUGUUCCGCAGGGAUCGGUCUUGGGACCGCUCCUGUGGAACAUCGGCUACGACUGGGUGCUGAGAGCCACAGACUCUCCAGAAGAGGAGAGCACCGAUGUCCCCGAGGUGACGCAAGCAGAGACGAGAGUGGCCGUGUCGCGACUCCGGGCUAAGAACACUGCGCCCGGACCCGACGGAGUUCCUGGUCGAGCUCUCGUCCUGGCUCUGAAGGAGCUAGAGCCCCAGCUGAGAGGGCUCUUCACGGCAUGUCUCGAGCAGGGUCAGUUUCCCAGUGUGUGGAAGGAGGGGAGGCUGGUCCUGCUCAGGAAGGAGGGGCGCCCCGCGGACUCACCGUCCGCGUACCGGCCCAUAGUGCUGCUCGACGAGGCGGGCAAACUUCUUGAGCGUAUCAUCGCAGAUCGCCUCGUCGGCCACUUGUGCAGAGAGGGGCCGGACCUGGACGAGAACCAGUUUGGUUUUCGUCGCGGGCGCUCCACCAUAGACGCUAUUACGCGCGUGAGGGCCCUGGCGGAGGAGACAGUAUCCCGGGGUGGGGUGGUGCUGGCGGUGUCUUUAGACAUCUCCAACGCCUUCAACACCCUACCCUGGAGUUGUAUUCGGGAGGCACUGAAUUACCAUCGCGUGCCUCCCUACCUCCGCCGCAUAAUAGGGGCUUACCUUGAGGAGAGAUGCAUUACCUAUUGGGGACGUGACGGCGCUGGUCGGCGCGUCAUGUCGUGCGGUGUUCCGCAGGGAUCGGUCUUGGGACCGCUCCUGUGGAACAUCGGCUACGACUGGGUGCUGAGAGGUGAACUCCCGUCGGGCGCCGAAUUGACGUGUUAUGCGGAUGACACGCUCGUCACUGCCCGGGGGAGUUCGCACAGGGAAGCAGCGUUGGUUGCCACGGCUGCGGUGUCACAAGUGGUGAACCGCAUCCGGCGCCUGGGCCUGGAGGUGGCCCUAAAGGGUGUAGAGAACUCCGGGUUUUCAUUCGGGAGUCCUACUACUCUUAAUCUAAAUAUGUAA